GGCUACAAAUGUUGUGCCAAAGGAGUUUGUGGCGGGUUAUUUCAGUUAUUCGCGCUUUAUCCUCCUCAUUUGAAGUCAGCGGCGGUUGCUAGCGUAAAAUAUUGUAUUAUUGUACCGCUACAUUCUAAGAUAUAUACAGUAUUAGUGUUAUUCUUAUAUUUCGCACUUUCUCUGGCAAGAAAACAACCAUUGUCAACAUGCAUGUGAUAAAGCGAGAUGGGCGCCAAGAGCGUGUCAUGUUUGACAAGAUCACCUCCCGCAUCCAGAAGCUGUGCUAUGGACUCAACUCUGACUUUGUCGAUCCAACCCAGAUCACCAUGAAGGUCAUCCAAGGUCUGUACAAUGGGGUCACCACAGUGGAGCUGGACACGCUGGCUGCAGAGAUCGCUGCCACACUCACCACCAAACACCCAGACUAUGCCAUCCUGGCUGCCCGCAUCGCAGUCUCCAACCUGCACAAGGAGACCAAGAAGGUUUUCAGCGAUGUGGUGGAGGAUCUAUACAACUAUGUCAACCCGCUAAACAAACGGCACUCUCCCAUGGUCGCCAAGGAAACACUCGACAUUGUCCUAGAAAACAAGGACCGCCUCAACUCGGCCAUUAUCUUUGACCGGGACUUCUCCUAUAACUUCUUUGGAUUCAAGACACUUGAGCGGUCCUAUUUGCUGAAAAUUGAUGGGAAAGUUGCUGAGCGACCACAGCACAUGCUCAUGAGGGUGGCAGUUGGGAUUCAUAAGACUGACAUUGAUGCUGCCAUCGAGACUUACAACCUGCUGUCAGAGAAGUGGUUCACCCACGCUUCCCCCACACUCUUCAAUGCUGGCACCAAUCGCCCACAGCUGUCUAGCUGUUUCCUGCUGGCCAUGAAGGACGACAGCAUCGAGGGCAUCUACGACACCCUGAAGCAGUGUGCCCUAAUCUCAAAAUCAGCAGGGGGCAUCGGAGUGGCAGUCAGCUGCAUCAGAGCCACGGGCAGCUACAUCGCUGGGACAAAUGGCAAUUCCAAUGGGCUUGUUCCCAUGCUCCGAGUGUACAACAACACAGCACGCUACGUGGACCAGGGAGGCAACAAGAGACCUGGUGCGUUUGCCAUGUACCUGGAGCCGUGGCACUUUGAUGUGUUUGACUUCUUGGACCUGAAGAAGAACACGGGGAAGGAAGAGCAGAGGGCCAGAGAUCUGUUCUACGCCAUGUGGAUCCCUGACCUCUUUAUGAAGAGAGUGGAGAGCAACCAGGACUGGUCCCUGAUGUGCCCCAGUGACUGCCCUGGACUGGACGAGUGCUGGGGGGAGGAGUUUGAGAAUCUCUAUACCAGGUAUGAGCAAGAGGGUCGUGUGAAGCGGGUGGUAAAGGCCCAACAGGUGUGGCACGCCAUCAUUGAGUCCCAGACUGAGACGGGCACACCCUACAUGCUCUACAAGGACGCCUGCAACAGGAAAAGUAACCAUCAGAACCUGGGAACCAUCAAGUCCAGUAACCUCUGUACCGAGAUUGUAGAGUACACCAGCCAUGAUGAGGUGGCAGUGUGUAACCUGGCGUCAAUCGCCCUCAACAUGUACGUCACCCCAGAGAAAACAUUUGACUUCAACAAGCUGGCCUAUGUCACCAAGGUCAUCGUUAGGAACCUCAACAAGAUCAUCGAGAUCAACUACUACCCUGUGAUCGAGGCUGAGAACUCCAACAAGCGCCACAGGCCCAUUGGUAUUGGUGUCCAGGGUCUGGCUGAUGCCUUCAUUCUGAUGCGUUUCCCCUUUGAGAGUGCUGAGGCCCAGAAGCUCAACACUCAGAUAUUUGAGACCAUCUACUACGCUUCUCUGGAGUCCAGCUGUGAGCUGGCUGCUGAGCUUGGUGCCUACCAAACCUACCCAGGCUCCCCUGUCAGCAAAGGAAUCCUUCAGUAUGACAUGUGGGACAAAACCCCAACUGACCUGUGGGACUGGAAACUUCUCAAGGAAAAGAUUGCCAAGCAUGGUGUCAGGAACAGUUUGCUGCUGGCCCCUAUGCCCACCGCCUCCACAGCCCAGAUCCUGGGCAACAAUGAGUCCAUCGAGCCCUACACCAGUAACAUUUACACCCGCAGAGUCCUCUCUGGGGAGUUCCAGAUUGUGAACCCCCACCUGUUGAAGGACCUAACAGAGCGAGGGCUGUGGAACGAGGAGAUGAAAAACCAGCUGAUUGGUCAGAACGGAUCCAUCCAGGGCAUUGCUGAGAUCCCAGAUGACCUGAAGGAGCUGUAUAAGACUGUGUGGGAGAUCUCCCAGAAGACUAUUCUGAAGAUGGCUGCUGACCGCGGUGCCUUCAUAGACCAGAGCCAGUCCCUCAACAUCCACAUCGCUGAGCCCAACUACGGCAAGCUCACCAGCAUGCACUUCUACGGCUGGAAGCAGGGUCUGAAGACAGGCAUGUACUACCUGAGGACCAAGCCUGCAGCCAACCCCAUCCAGUUCACCUUGAACAAGGAGAAGCUGAAAGAGUCUCUGUCGGUUAAGAACGAGGAGGAGAUCAAGGAGCUCAACAGAGCCGCUAUGGUGUGUUCCCUGGAGAACCGUGAUGACUGCCUGAUGUGUGGCUCUUAGACCGGCCCCUAACUCCUUCUCCUAUCCUCACUUUUAGUUAAUUAACUAUUGCGGUGGACCACUGAACUCCUCAAUAUCAUUGAACCCCAGUCUGAUUGUCUUUAGGCCAGUUAAUGGCAUAGUUAUCUGCCCUGAUGUCAGAUCAUAGGCUCACGCUUGGGGUUUAUAGAUCAGGCUAUUAUGGUUGUUUUGUGGGCAUGCUACUGUAGCCUAAGUAGUGCUGUACAUGGUGCGCUUUUGUCUGCCUUAUCACAGAUUAUUAACUGUAGGCAGUUUUCUAUUUAUCACUCUUGGGUACACUGUCUGCUUGAUUUGUAUAGAAAGUGUGACCUCCAUUGUUAGUAUGUAAAUCUAAGGAUUUCAUCAUUUGAAUUUCAUUCAAGAAGUUAAGUUCAAUGGUGUAUUAUUUGUAUUGGGUGCUUUGUAAUUAAGUUUUGACAUUCAUGCAAUGUCCUGUGGUACUUAUGGUAAGGUAUACAGUACUUCAGUGACCAUUUUAGCAUGUAAAUGUUGGUGGGGCAAAAAAAACUACAUAACACUAAACUAUACAUUUAAUUGAACUAUAACUGUGCCCACAAACUGUUAGGGCCUAUAUAAAGCUUCCCUAACAGCAGUCCCAACAUCUUACCACUACUUCACCUAGCUAUCAGCGGAGCCUUGUUUGGCAGCGAAACAGUUCAUUCAGGCACAGUUACUGACCUUUAAAAAAAAUUUAAGCGUUUUUUAAAAACAUAGCUGACUUGCUUAAACAAAUGUGGGUUCUACUGACAAUUGAGAUGUACAAACUAUGGCAUAAGGGGACAACGAGCGGAUAAGAGGCAAUCCAUAAUUCCGAUUAAGACAAUGAACAAGCUAGGAUGGACGUAGUCAAUCUAUUUGCUCAGCACUUUUGACAUUUUCAGCGACAGAACUCAAAACAUGGGCCCUUAGUGUUCUCCCUGUGCACCAAGUCAACCGUAGGAUAAAUAAAGGGGACAUAUAAGUAGACCAUGAAAGCUCUUACAAUAUUUGAUUACAUUACUCUAAAACAGGCUAUAGGCUACAUGUGCAUCACCAAGUCUGAACUGUAGCCUAUGUUAUGAGGUGAAAAAGGACCAAAUUAUUAGGGUGAGAAACAUGGGCUACUAACAGCUUAUUACACAACAUACUGUAGCUAAGUAAUAUUAUAUCCCUGACAUUACAUUUAUGCAGCGGUAUACAUUUUUGGACUCACCUUAUUGUAAUGUGCUCACUUAAACAGGAAAGUGGCGUGGCUGUCCUUCGUGGGCAAAUUGUGUCAAACUGUGUCAUAAGUCUGGCAUUCUCUGGAUUUUUGGUGCUUUCAAAACAACUGGGAACUCGGAAUAAAACAAGGUCGAAUCAUGACGUUCGUGAUCUUCAGAUCUGAGAUUUUACAGUUCCGAGUUUCCAGUUUUGAAAGCGGCAGAAGUCAUGAUGGAAUGACAGCAUGGCCAAUGUUGAAUGUUUAUCCUUAUUAAGAUUGGAAAAGAGACCCAUAAACCCAAACUUGCACCACACAUCCACUCCACUGAAUAGCAUGUUAGUGAUUGCUCUGCAAUGCUUGCAGUUGGCAAUGAUUCCUUCCAAACCACUCAUUGUUGAAUUUGCAAUUUCUAACUUGUGUAAUGUUUAUGGCCGAUGAGCACUGAUACGUUUUAGCUAUAAUUUCUCUUCAUAUGACAAGGAUUGAAAAGGAUUUGCCAGUAGAUUGUCGACUUGAUUCAAGAUGACUGCUAGCUUGCUAGUUAAGAUUUUCAAAGUAUGAUGUUGACAUGAUCAGUCCAAUCAAACCUACUGUAGAUAUGUAAUUUUAUCUGUGGCCAAUGACCUUGAGCCUUCUUGGAUGGGCACUUCUAAUGUAACUCUAUGGUAGCACCCAAGGGGCUUGCUUGAAUAUUCGAGCUCUCCCUGUAGAUUUUGCAGUGACGUAGUGUCCCCAUGAGUGACAGAACACUGAGCCAAUCACGGCGCAACUAGAGAACAUUACCAACCCCUACGCUCUGUAUUUUCCUCUGGCUGCCCCACCACCACAGAAAGCACUGCGGUAGGCUGAAACACCUACAUUUUGUAGCUGCCUUACUCAAGAAAGCAAAAAAGAGACCAUGUUUGUAUGCAGCUUUAUUAACUCAAUAUUUUGUAUUUAUUUAUUGCAAACUGAUAUGUGACAUGUAUUAAUGCCAAAAUAACAUGCAAAACAGGUAACAUGAAAAUAAAAUGAAUUUUAAUGAUUAUUUAUUACUUUAGCUAAACCGGUAGGGCUCUGCCCUGAAUGACGGGUCGCAACUGCAGUAGUUUAACAAUACCAGUACAUGGGCACAAGGUACUUGGUAGGCAUUGCAUUAGGAAGAUGGGGCUUCUUUCACUCUGGAUCUUCUAAUCCUAAAUCCAGAAGUGCUAUAGUGAGUGUUAGGCCCAAUCCGAAAUGGACACCUAUGUACUUGUGGAGAUCUGGGAAUGUUAUUGAUAUUAGAAAUGUCGUGGAAAAGUUCUUACACCGGGAUACUCAAAGUCAAUCGUAAAUUAAUAAUUAUCAGCGUGCUGCUGAACUCAAUGCACCAUAGUACACGUCUGUCAGAAGCUCUUCCUGGGUAGACCCAGCAGUUGUCUUCUAUACGGCUAUAAACAGACAAGUUAUAUUUGCGUGUGAUGGGUUUGGAUUUUAAAUAUUAUUAAUCAUUAGUUAUGUUAGAUACAUGAGCAGUGCCAUAGGGUUUACACCAGAAGUUAAUGUGCAAUUAAGCUUGGAAUGUGCUGAGUGCAGGGGGAAAAGUCACAGCACUGAUAAAGGGAGAGACCUGUGGAUGAGUGAGGAAGGGGGUAGAGGUCAGGUCACCGUAAGGGAGAAGGAACAGUUUAUUGCCUGUAUAACCAUUUCCUGCCUAGUAAUAAAGAUGUAAUGUUUAAAGAGGAAGAUACCACUCAAAUUGGGGUGUAUGUCUUUGUUCAGCUGUUCGAUCCUUUGGGGUGAAUAAACUUGGUUUAAGCUUU